AUGUGCAAGAAUCUUAUUGAACCAGGUAAAAAUCGAGAUAAUUAUUGGACAAAUGCAGAUCUUAUUAAACAAUUACAAGAAAAGGUAUAUUAUGCUCUUAAUGCAACAUCUUUAAAUCUUAAAGGUGGUGGAAAAAAUGUAUCUUUAAUGAGAAAUGGAUGGUUUUUUAAAGAUCAAGAAAAAAUAAUACAACCAAUGCAAUUUUCAGAUCAACCUCAAAUUCAAAAAGGAAUUUGUACAAUUCUUGAAGAACGAAAAUUAUGGUGA